UCGGAGAGGGGGUAGUUGCCUUUCCCUGUCCCAGGAGGCAGGAGGCGGUCUCAGUGCCGCACCCGGGACGGUGCAGAGACACAGGCACAGGCAGAGACACGGGCUCGGGGCUGUUCCGGAGCCCUGGGAGGGGGUGAGUAUGAGCGGCUCCGAGCGGCAGGCGGGCGGACAGAGAGGCUCCAGCCGCCGGGGUAGCAGCACCAGCAGCGGGGGAGCUGCAGACGGUCCCGGGGAUGAAGCCCGCUCUGUGUCCGCCGGCAGCUACUGGCAGGACUCCCUGGCGAUCGACAUGAGCCGCAGCGCGGUGCCUGCUCCCCGGGUCCGCAGGGCACUCCGAGCUGUCUAUGUGAUCAAUGAGACAGCGAGCCCGCAGUGCCAGGACAACCUGUCCCUCAGGUGUCUGCAGGAAGCUUGUGAAGAUGCCCACGCUGUAGUGGAGACCGUACCCUUUGGCAGGCUGGUGCUGGGCGAGACUGGCACCUUGGACUGUUUCUAUAAUGCAGAUAUCGCAGUGGUGGAGAUGUCUGACCCUUACUGUCAACCUUCACUCUUUUAUCAUCUUGGGGUACGGGAGAGUUUCAGCAUGAUGAACAACGUGGUCCUUUGCUGUGACAGCAACCUUACAUCACUGCAGUCACUACAGGAUAUCAUUUGUCAGAGAAAUAUGGGGUGUUAUGGGAACUACAUCUUCAUUCCAUACAUCGUGACGCCCAGUGGUAAGGUCUUCUGCUGCGAAGCCAGUAUGAUGAAGUGUCUGACCGAAAUGUUCCAACCGCACUUUAACCUGGAACCUCUCCUCAUGCCCUUGGUCGAUCGCCUGACUAAACUACUGGAGGAGACCCAGAUCAACUCUUGUGAAGGCAUUUUACUUUUGCAAUUUUGCAGUGAAUAUUUUCGGGAAAGCAUUCAGAGUGAAAUCCGCAAAGCGAGGGAGACCUACCGUGGACAAGAGCUACGAGAUGCACUCGCACGCAUCCAACAGCGUCUGGACAGUGUGGAGCUUCUAAGCGCUGAUGUUGUAAUGAACUUACUGCUGUCAUACCGUGAUGUACAGGAUCUCGAUGCAACUAUCAAGCUAGUGGAAACUCUGCAGAAGCUGCCGACGUGUAAUGUGGCGGAACUCCCGAAUAUCAAGUUUCAUUACUGUUUUGCAUUAAACAGGAGGAACCAACCUGGAGAUCGGGAGAGAGCCCUGUCGGUGAUCCUGCCAGUGGUGGAGACUGGGAAGCAGAUCUCAUCUGACCUUUACUGCCUGUGUGGGCGCAUAUAUAAGGAUAUGUUCAUCAACUCCGACUUCACGGACUAUGAGAGUCGAGACAAGUCUUGUUACUGGUAUGGGAUGGCCUUUGAGCAUGAGCCCACGCUGCACUCGGGGAUUAAUGUUGCUGUGUUCCUCAUGGCUGCCGGACAUCAAUUUGACACCUCACCUGAGCUUCGGAAGAUAGGUAUGAAGUUGAGCAGCUUGCUGGGACGCAAGGGAAGUCUGGAGAAGAUGCAGUUCUACUGGGACGUGGGGUUUUUCUUGGGCGCCAGCAUCUUAUUCAAUGACCAGACGAAGAUCAUUCAGUCCUCAGAGAAGCUAUACAGACUGAACGCACCUGUCUGGUACCUGGCAUCAGCAAUGGAGACCUACUUACUCUACAGACGCUUCAAGACAGACUCCAACGAGCAGCCUUUGGCCAAGCAGGACCUGGUAGACUUCUGGAUGGAAUUCUUAUUGUCAAUCUGCAGGAACAAACCGCCUGCAGACAAAUUUCUGGUCCUCAUCCUGGAGCCAACAAAGAUCUUCCAGCCCACACACCUGACCGUGAGCAGCACUGGCAAGGACAAGGCUGUGAGCAUGUGUCAUGUCUCACCCACUGAAGAGAAUGGAAUCCACACAUGGACAUUCAGUGCAGCCUCCAUCCGUGGUGUCAGUGUCUCAAAGUGUAACGAGCGAUGCUGCUUCCUCUAUGUACUGCACAACUUUGAUGACUUCCAGCUGUACUUCCCAACAGAACUGCAUUGUAAGAGGUUCUGUGAGCUACUGAAUUCUUUCACUGAGGAAUCCCAGUUGCAAGUUGAUGAUGCACUGAGAGUGACAGAGGAGCUGUUGGAGUACAAGUAUGAAUACACUGAAAGCGGAGAAAGGCUGAUUCUGGGGAAGGGAACAUAUGGGAUUGUGUAUGCUGGACGGGACAUGAACAAUCAAGUCCGCAUUGCCAUCAAAGAGAUUCCAGAAAGGGACAACAGGUACUCUCAGCCUCUUCAUGAAGAAAUUGCUCUCCAUAAGCACUUGAAACACCGGAAUAUUGUCCAAUAUUUGGGAUCGGUUAGUCAGGAUGGAUACAUCAAAAUCUUCAUGGAGGAGGUCCCAGGAGGAAGCCUGUCUGCACUGCUGUGCUCCAAGUGGGGUCCACUCAAGGACAACGAAGCCACCAUCAUUUUCUACACGCGACAGAUCCUGGAAGGCCUUAAAUACCUGCACGACAAUCAGAUUGUGCACAGGGACAUUAAGGGAGACAACGUGUUGAUAAACACGUACAGCGGAUUGCUGAAAAUCUCAGAUUUUGGGACGUCGAAGAGGCUGGCAGGAAUCAAUCCGUGCACGGAAACAUUCACAGGUACCCUUCAGUACAUGGCCCCUGAGAUCAUCGACAAGGGUCCUAGAGGUUAUGGCAAGCCUGCAGAUAUCUGGUCCUUGGCCUGUACCGUAAUUGAAAUGGCCACAGGGAAGCCUCCCUUCUUUGAACUGGGGGAGCCCCAGGCUGCGAUGUUUAAGGUGGGAAUGUUUAAAAUCCAUCCGGAAAUCCCAGAGUCCAUGUCCCCGGAGGCGAAGGCUUUCCUCCUUCGUGGCUUUGAACCCAAUCCGGAUAAACGGGCCACGGCCGCGGAGCUCCUCAAGGACCCGUUCCUGUGUCGGAAGAAAACGAAACCCGCUCCAAAGCCAGGUGAAUUUUAUCACAGUCUCUCGGUCCCUGCGUUGGGACACCUGAAGGAUGGAGGUGAGAGCAGGCAGCCCUUGGAUUUUAAACUCAGCAGCCCCUUCCUGAGUCGAAGCUGCUCGAUCCCAGGUCUCUCGGCUAAAAGCAGCUCACCAAAACAGGAGUUUCUCAGUGUGCUUGAGGAACAAGUGGAUGACUUCAGUGCCCCAUCCUCUCCGGAAGAAAACGCUGGAUUGUUUCUCCUGAAGAAAGACAGUGAGCGCAGGGAUGCAUUGUUCAAAAUCCUGACUGAGGACUGCGAAACGGUGGUCCAGAACGUUCUAGAAGCCCAGGCGCAGAAUCCUGACUCCAGGUUAACUUCUGAACACACCCGGCAACUCAUCACCUGUCUGAAGGAUUAUAUACGAACUCCAGACCACAAACUGAUUGUCAAGGUCUUGUUGAACCUGCAGACAAAGCUUCACUUUGACAAAGCAGUGCUCAACGAAAUCCAGAUCAUCAUCUUCAGCUUCCAAGAUGCUGUGAUAAAACUCCUUCGUCGUAACCAGAUUAAACCUCAUUGGAUGUUUGCCCUGGACAACAUCAUUCGCAAGGCCAUGCAGGUAGCCUUCAGCAUCCUCAUUCCAGAACCAAAGCACCAGAUUCAGCGCUCCUUUGAUCAAGAGGCAGAUGAGCACUGCACAGACAAUGUUCCGGGGAAGUGGAGCGGGAGUGAAUCCGACGUGAGGGAACGGGAAGUUCUGGAGCUGCAGAUGGAUGGAGCUGGAACCUCGGGUGUGAGCACGCUCAGUCGCUCCAUGUCCCAUGAUUCCCAGCAAAACACCUGCCCCCUGAUUGUGCAACUCAGCCAACUGAGGGCAGAAUCAAACCGCCUCCUGGAAGACCUUGCAGAGAAAGAGAGGGAGUUCCAGCAACUUCUACAACUAACCCUACACCAGAAAGACCACAGCCUGAAGUCACUACGAAAGAGAUCAGGAUCCUCAGAUGUCUACUCAGGCGCUCUUUGUGACUUCCGAUCAGCUACUGCAGACUCUGAAACCGAGGAACUUUCACGGUGGCUGGUAACAACUCAAGUUGAUCAACGAACAAUUGACCAGAUUGUGGCCAAUGGGUACACGCUGCAAGAUCUUUUGACUGAUGCCACAAGAGAUGAUUUGAAAUACGCCCAGAUCAGGGGUGGAAUGCUGUGCAGACUCUGGGCUGCAAUCUGCGCCCACAGGAAGAUGAACGGCAAGAUGUAGGCACUGGCCAACCCACUGCUCAGUUUCCGAGACAAGACUUGGCUUCAGCCCGGAGCUACACUAACUACCACGAUCCACGAACUGAUAGAGACACCGGCGACAGGUUCAUCCCGAGGGUGAGAGGGCCGAGUUGGGUGCUGCAGUGUCUCCCACUGCUAGAAGUGUUACAGCUGUCUGUGCCACAAGUUUAAUCUCAGAGCUGCACCCAUUGCAGAUUGAUUUAACCCACUGUGCAACAUCUCAUAGCUGGAAACAUUGUAAUGUUCAUACCUCGUGCUGGUUCGAUGACUGGGCUGUGUGUGUAUGAUCGUGCAAUUGUUUACAUUACACAUAACCAGCAGGACCCACAGCUUCUGAUGUUGUAGGAGAAUGUGUGGAAGACAAUAUAGGUAAUAAGUGUUCUCUGUAGGUGAUCUAAAUUCCUGAAAAGUACUCAAUUUCCCACUAGGAUUACAGACUGUCUCACUUCAACUCAUUAAUUGCUCUCCCCCUGAAUGGCCUCAUUUUAAUAUGGCGAUUAUCCUGCCUUGCCAUGUAUUCCCUCAGCAGAGAGAGGAGAUUCACUUUAUCCAUCCUAUCAAAUCCUUUCACCACUUGAGUCUUGCAGUCAGAUCACACCUCUUACUUAUACUUGCAAAGUUAUAUGGUCUACAUCUAAGCAAUGGGUCCUCACAGUUGAACUUUUAUGAACCAGCAUCAUUCUGAUGAAUUCAGGACCUAUUUAGUGAGACUCCCAGAUUUGAAUGCGGUCUGUCCCAGGCUACAUCCAACUGAAGCCUCUUUGUAUUUUGGCCUAAUUGCGAGAGAGGGGUUCAGUUCCCUUUUCAAUGCUUUCCAAUCCCAUCCACUAACUUAUCGAGGUUUAUCUUUCCAGAUAAGAAUCCUUUUUCUCCUCUAAUCAUUUCAAUGGGUUCAAAAUCCAUCACAUUUGCCAUCAGCCUUCCCACAAUUCCUUCUGUGAAGGAUUUUAAUUUUCCCUGCAUUUUCUUCUGAACAGUGCAUUGUAAAUGUCAGCAGUAGCUUGUGCCCUUGUCCCGUGACAGUGAGAGAAUAGGCCAGGCACAGUCAAUCCUUCCAGCAAGUCUUCCUUUCAGUGACACUGACCUGCCACCACCCACACGGUUGACACUUGGAGAGGAUCUUGUUUCGAUCCGCUGCCAAUCUGCCCAGGAGCUGCGUAGCAAGAUCCUCAAACUGGAGGUAGCUGACCGGUUGAGCUGCUUUAUUAAUGUUGGUGGAAGAAUGACUUUUGGCCAAGUCAUUAAAAACUGAAAAUGUGUUGCUGGAAAAGCGCAGCAGGUCAGGCAGCAUCCAAGGAGCAGGAGAAUCGACAUUUCGGGCAUGAGUCCUUCAUCAGGAAUGAGGAAAGUGUGCCAAGCAGGCUAAGUCAUUAAAAAGACAAACUCAUUCUUUAGCCUAGUAUCCUGACUCAUUACAUCGCGUAGAAUGGGCUUCUGUUCCACUGGUGUUUAAAACAGCACGGUAAUCGCCAUAUCUGACUGGAGCCAUCAGCUGCUCUGCCAUGAAAGAGAGGUGGUUUAACCUGAGGGUCAUCACACCUCAGACAACGGGGAGAGGGUAAGAAGGAGUGCCCUUCCUGGUUACCUCAGCCAGUGCAGGAAUUGAACCCAUGCUGUUGGCGCCAUCCUACUUCAUAAUGUGGUGUGACUUGAUUGAAGCAGAAUCAUAGAAUUGUUACAGCAGCGAAGGAGGCCAUUUAGCCCAGGAUGUCAGCGUUGUCUCUCUGAAUGAACAAUGCCACCCCCAGCCUACACCCUCUGAUUCUGCAAACUGUUGCUUUUCAGGUAACAAUUCACUUAAAUCUUGGACACCUUGAUCGAAGCUCCCCCCACCCUCCCUCCCUCCCUCAGACAGCCCUUCCACGUCACAGUCACUCGCUGCAUUAGAACAUUUCUCUUGUGUGUCCUUUUCAUUUUCCUGUUGCCUUAAAUCCGUGCCCUCUGCUUUUCGGUCAUUCCAAUACAAUGGGAACACAUUUGUCCCAAUCUACUCUGUUCUCAUCCUUUUGAGUAGCUCUUUCAAAUCUUCUCCAUGAAAGCAGUCCCAAAUUGGCAAAUUUAAAAUUUGUAAAGUUUGUUAAGGCGUUGACAGGUGAAUACUGAAAGAUUGUUCACCCUGACUGCAGUGUCCUCACUGGAGACAAGGAAGGCCGACUGCUGGGGUCUGAGAUCAGAAAGGUUGUCACUCCAAGAGUUGUGAAUUAUUGAACUCCCUACCAGGGGAAUCUGGAAGGUUAUGCUGAGAUCAAUCCAUUUUUAGACACUGGGGAAUAUGGAGAUACUGCUGGAAAGUGGCAUUGACAUUGGAGUUCAACAUGAUCUUGUUGAAUGGCAGAGAAAGCUUCAAUGGUCAAUUCGCCAGUUCUGAAGAAAGGUCAAUGGACCCAAAACAUUGGCUGUGCUUUCUGUCCACAGACCUGCUGAGUUUCUCCUGCUAUUUCUGGUUUUGUGUCACUUGGCCUAUCCCGGCUUCUACUUCUUAUCCAAUCCAACCCUCUGAGAAACACGCACCUUUCAGUAUUGGAAACAGUGACACUUUGCAGCCCUCAGUUUGGAUCGUCUAGUCUCAGCUAUGGUUCAGUGGUAGCACUCUUGCCUAAAUCUAAAGGCAGGGGUUCAAGCCCCACACCAGAAACUCGUGGACAAAACCCAACCUGAAGCUCCCGGUACAGUACUGAAGGAGCACUGCACUGACGGAAUUGCCAUCUUUUUGAUGGGCUGUUAAACCUAAACCAUGUUGAUCCUCUCUCAUGAAUGUGAAAAGGACCAUGAAACUAUUUUGUAGAAUGCUAGGGACUUUCCCCAUAGUCUUGGUCAAACAAAAUCACUAAGUCUGUUUAAUUAACUAUUUACUUAUUGCUGUUUUUGGAAUCCUGUUGCAAAGUUGGCUGCCAUCUUCCUGACACUACAUCAGUAACUACAAUUCCAAAAAUAACUUCAUUGCCUGUAAAUAUGUUUGGGAUGUCUGGUGGCUGUGAAAGACACUAUAAAAUGCAAGAUUUACUUUAUUUGCAUUAAUAACAGCUCUUCACAAAAAUGUAUUGAAUUGUCUAUGGGACUUCUUGAGAUCAUGAAAUGAAAGGCUAUGAGGUGUCCUUCCCUGUACAGAAGAAAUGCUGUUGUAAUAACAUUUCCUUUGUAACAUGUAAAAACUCAAAAUUUAUCUUCCAUUGGAAUAUUUUGUUUAAUAAAAUGUAUUUUUCUUAACUCCA